AAGAAAGCAGAUAGCUACCUGGAUUAGUUACGUUCUUGUGAUGUCUCCUCUACAAACCUGUCAAUACAAUACCAGCCUCCAUGCUGGAUGGUCCUGAUCACAACAAUGCUGCCCACAAACAAAGAGUCUGGUGUCACCAGUGUGCAGGGUGUACAGUGGGAGCUGCCAGGAAUUUUUCACACAAACCUCCUCCAGGAACUGAAACGCAGAGUUAUGUGUUA